ACGCCUACUGAGUGGCCACUAAAAUCUGUCAUGAGUGGCUCGACGACUCUAUAUGACCUUGUAAUCAUCCUCUUGAGUUUGUAUGCACAAGCAACAUUUUUUACUUAUGCUGGUGCAUUUAUCCGUUGAUAUCGCUUCGUACCCUCCAUUUCAAACAAACUCGGUUAAGCUCUUGACGAUAGCCCAUGUUUAGAUACGGUCAAGCACCAAUAAAAUCUAGCUAUCUCAAUUAUAACCUCAACGAUCUCAAUUUGUAAACACUCUCAGAAAGAGAAAACGAGAAUUUUUCAGAGCGAACAGCAACAGAGGUACCUAGAAAGAACACUCUCAUAGUCAUGAGUGUCGAGAUUCCAAAGACUUAUCAGGCGGCGGUUUAUGAUAAUCCUGGACAAGUCAGCACUCAUAUUGAGGAACUUCCAACGCCCGAGCCCGGACCGGGAGAAGUGUUGGUCCAUUUAACCCAUUCAGGAGUAUGUCAUUCAGACCUAAGUAUUAUGAGGUGCGGCUGGGCUGGCCUACCACCAACACCCAGCGGCCAAGUGGGCGGUCAUGAAGGCAUUGGAAUUGUCCAGAAAUUAGGAGCUGGAGCUGAGAAGCAUGUCAAAUUGGGAGACCGCGUGGGUAUUAAGUGGGCAGCUGCUAUGUGUGAGAAUUGUGGACCAUGUCGAAAUGGGUUUGAUGGACAUUGUGUGUUGAAGAAGUUCUCUGGAUAUUAUACACCUGGCACCUUCGCUCAGUACGCCAUUGCUCAAGCCAACUAUGUGACACCUAUUCCUGCAAACAUCAGCUCCAUCGACGCAGCACCCAUGCUCUGCGCCGGCCUCACAGUGUAUACUGCCCUGCUCAAAGCCAACGCCAAACCAGGCGACUGGGUAGCAGUUAGCGGUGCUGGCGGCGGUCUUGGGCACAUCGCUCUCCAAAUUGGAUCCCGUGGCAUGAAAUUCCGCAUGAUAGGCAUCGAUCACCCUUCCAAGUCUGCCCUCAUCACUGAUUGUGGUGCUGAAAAAUUCGUCGACAUGACAUCCUUCGACGACGCUGGGAUCGCUAAGGAAAUCCACCGAGUCACGGAAGGCGAAGGCGCGAAAGCGGUGAUUGUUUGUGCGGGGAGUAAUCGAGCUUAUGGACAGGCUUUAGGGAUGGUAGGAUUUGGUGGGACGGUCGUAUGUGUGGGUAUUCCGGAGGGCGAACCUGUUUUACUUGGGGGUGCGUAUCCAGGGGCGAUGUUGACACAGCAGAAGAGCAUUGUGGGGAGUUCAUUGGGAAGUCAGAAGGAAGCGAUUGAGGUUCUGGAGUUGGCUGCCAAGGGUGUGGUUAAGACGAAAAUUAGGGUGGAGAAGCUGGAUAAGUUAACGGAGGUAUUUCAGGAGAUGGCGGAUGGAAAGAUGGAGGGUAGAGUUGUGAUUGAUCUGCAAUGAAGGAUAGAUAGUGUUGCAGCGUUCUGGGAUGUACAAUGGCUCUUCGCUUCUGUUGUUUAGAGAUUCCGCUCGCUUAAUCACAAUGUUGAGCGUGCCAGUCCAAAGAUUUCUCAGUUCAAUCCA